AGCUGGGGCUCAGCCUCACCGAGGCCGCUCAGCGCUCCGGCUCAGUCUGAGCGGCUGCAGGAGAAGCCCGCCUGUUCUGUCCUGGAGAGUCCAGACCCUCUCCCGAGGCGGGCAGGGCUGCAGGGAGGUGGGGAGACGCAGCGAGAGGGAAAAUGUGCCUUCUGGUCACACAUAACUGAAUCAGAAGCCAGGGACACACGUACGUCUUCAGGUCUGCUCAGGGUUCACACUUGGUGCUUAGACAAAUUCAGAAUGAGGAAACACCGGCAUUUGCCCUUGGUGGUCACCUUUUGCCUCUUUCUCUCAGGCUUUUCCAUGACUUAUGCCCAACAGCAACAACCAGAUGUCAAAAAUGGUACCGGUGCCGAUAUAAUAUUUCUAGUGGAUUCCUCUUGGAGCAUUGCAAAGGAACAUUUCCAACUUGUUCGAGAAUUUCUAUAUGAUGCUAUAGAGUCUUUAGCUGUGGGAGAAAAUGAUUUCCAUUUUGCUCUGGUCCGGUACAACGGAGACCUGCAUACUGAGUUCCUGCUCAAUACGUACCAUACUAAACAAGAAGUCCUUUCCCAUAUUUCAAACAUGUCUUAUCUUGGGGCCAGCAAUCAGACCGGAAAAGGAUUAGAGUAUGUAAUUCAGAAGCACCUCGCUGAGGCUGCCGGAAGCCGGGCUGGGGCCGGAGCGCCCCAGGUUAUUGUAGUGUUAACCAAUGGACGCUCGGAGGAUGCUCUGCCCUCAGCGGAACUUAGGGCAGCCGACCUUAACGUGUUUGCAGUUGGCUUUGAGGAUGCAGAUGAAGGAGCCUUAAGAGAAAUAGCAAGCCAACCACUCAAUAUGCAUGUUUUCAACCUAGAGAACUUUACCUCCCUUCAUGACAUAGUAGGAAACUUUGUGUCCUGUGUGCAGUCAUCCCCGAGUCCUGCAAGGGCUGGGGACAUGGAAACCCUUAAGGACAUCACAGCACAAGACUCUGCUGACAUUAUUUUCCUUAUUGAUGGAUCAAACUACACCGGAAGUUCCAAUUUUGCAGUCAUUCUCGACUUCCUUGUAAAUCUCCUUGAGAGACUUUCAAUUGGACCUCAGCAGAUUCAAGUAGGGGUGGUCCAGUAUAGUGAUGAGCCCAGAACCAUGUUCUCCUUGGACACCUACGUUUCCAAGGCUCAGGCUCUAGCUGCAGUGAAGGCCCUCAAGUUCACUGGUGGGGAGUUGGCUAACAUCGGCCAGGCGCUUGACUUUGUGUUGAAGAAUCACUUCACCCCGGCAGUGGGCAGCCGAGUAGAGGAAGGGGUCCCCCAGGUGCUGGUCCUCAUGAGUGCUGGGCCUUCUAGUGAUGAGAUCAGCGACAAGGUGGUAGCUCUGAAGCAGGCUAGUGUGUUCUCAUUCGCCCUCGGAGUCCUAGCAGCCUCCAGGGCAGAGCUUCAGCACAUAGCUACCGAGGACAGCUUGCUGUUUAUGGUCCCGGAAUUCCAUAGCUUUGGGAACCUCCAGGAGGAGUUACUGGGGUACAUUGUUGCCAUUGCCCAAAGACACAUUUUGUUACGACCGCCAACCAUUGUCACACAAGCCAUUGAAGUCAACAAGAGGGACAUAGUCUUCCUGGUGGAUGGCUCGUCCAAACUGGGGCUGGCCAACUUCAAUGCCAUCCGAGACUUCAUUGUCAAAGUCAUCCAGAGACUGGAGAUCGGGCAGGACCUCAUCCAGGUGGCGGUGGCUCAGUACGCAGACACUGUGAAGCCCGAGUUUUACUUCAAUACCUACCCCAGCAAAAGGGAAGCCGUAAACGCAGUGCGGAAAAUGAGGCCCAUGGAGGGCCCAGCCCUGAACACAGGCUCUGCCCUGGACUUCAUUCGCAACAACCUGUUCAUCAGUGCAGUUGGCUCCCGGGCCGCCGAGGGGGUCCCUAAGCUGAUGGUGCUGGUCACAGGUGGCAAGUCCCUGGACGCCGUCAGCCAGCCCGCCCAGGAGCUGAAGAGAAGUGGCAUCAUGGCCUUCACCGUCGGGAACAAGGUGGCCGAUCAGGCUGAGCUGGAAGAGAUCGCUUUUGAUUCCUCCCUGGUGUUCAUCCCGGCCGAGUUCCGAGCUGCCCCCCUGCAAGGCAUCCUGCCCGGCCUGCUCUCGCCCCUCAGGACUCUCUCCGGAACCACUGAAGUUCACGUAAACAAAAGGGAUAUCAUCUUCCUUUUGGAUGGAUCAGUCAACGUUGGAAAAACCAAUUUCCCUUAUGUGCGUGACUUUGUCAUGAACCUAGUUAACAGCCUUGAUGUUGGAAAUGACAAUAUCCGUGUCGGUUUAGUGCAAUUUAGCGACACUCCAGUGACAGAGUUCUCUCUAGACACAUACCAGACCAAGGGCGAGCUGCUCGCUCACCUGCAGCGCUUGCAGCUGCAGGGGGGCGCAGGCCUGAACAUGGGCUCGGCCCUCAGCUAUGUCCAUGCCAACCACUUCACUGAGGCUGGCGGCAGCAGGAUCCGCGAACACGUGCCACAGUUGCUGCUCCUGCUCACGGCUGGGCAGUCUCAGGACUCCUAUUUGCAAGCUGCCAACCAGCUGACUCGAGAGGGCAUCCUGACCUUUUGCGUGGGGGCCAGCCAGGCGAAUAAGGCAGAGCUUGAGCAGAUUGCCUUUAACCCGAGCCUGGUGUACCUCAUGGACGAUUUCAGCUCCUUGCCAGCUCUUCCGCAGCAGCUGAUUCAACCCCUAACCACUUAUGUUAGUGGAGGUGUGGAGGAAGUGCCACUCGUCCAGCCAGAGAGCAAGAGGGACAUCCUGUUCCUCUUUGAUGGCUCUGCCAACCUCAUGGGCCAGUUCCCCGCCGUCCGUGACUUUCUCUACAAGAUCAUCGAUGAGCUGGACGUGAAGCCAGACGGGGUCCGGAUCGCUGUGGCUCAGUACAGCGAUGACGUCAAACUGGAGUCCCGCUUCAACGAGCACAUGACCAAGCCAGAGAUCCUGAACCAGGUGAAGCGGAUGAAGAUCAAGAUGGGCAAAACGCUGAACCUGGGCUAUGCCCUGGACUUCGCUCAGAGGUACAUCUUCGUGAAGUCCAUGGGCAGCCGCAUCGAGGACGGAGUGAUGCAGGUCCUGGUGCUGCUGGUGGCGGGGCGGUCCUCGGACUCCGUGGAGGUGCCGGCGAGAAACCUGAAGCAGAGUGGCGUGGUUCCGUUCAUCUUCCAAGCCAAGAAUGCCGACCCUGCUGAGCUGGAGCGGAUCGUGCUUUCCCCGGCUUUCAUCCUGGCUGCAGAGUCGCUCCCCAAGAUCGGGGAGCUGCAGCCCCAGAUUGUGAACCUCCUAAAAUCGGUGUACAACGGGGGCCAGCCGCCAGCUUCAGGUGAGAAGGACGUGGUGUUCCUGAUCGACGGCUCCGAGGGUGUCAGGAGCGGCUUUGGGCUGCUGAAGGACUUCGUGGAGAGGCUGGUGCAGGGCCUGGACGUGGGCCCCGACCGCGUCCGUGUCGCCGUGGUGCAGUACAGUGACCGCACCAGGCCCGAGUUCUACCUGAACUCCUUCAUGGACCAGCAGGGUGUCAUCAGCGCCAUCCGCAGGCUGACCCUGCUGGGUGGGCCAGCGCCCAGCACCGGGGCAGCCCUGGACUUUGUGCUGAAGAACAUCCUGACCCGCUCUGCUGGGAGCAGGAUGGAGGACGGCGUCCCCCAGCUCCUGAUUGUGCUCACGGCUGACAGGUCUGGGGACGACGUGAGGGGCCCUUCGACGGUCCUGAAGAGGGGGGGGGCAGUGCCCAUCAGCAUCGGCAUCGGGAAUGCGGACAUCUCGGAGAUGCAGGCCAUCUCCUUUAUCCCGGAUUUCGCCGUGGCCAUCCCCACCUUCCGGGAGCUGGGGACCGUGCAGCACGUCAUCUCUGAGAGGGUGACCCAGCUCGACCGUGAGGGGCUGAGCAGGCUGCAGCCCAUUUUUCUGCCCCCAACGAGCCCAGGUGGUGCCAAGAGGGAUGUGGUCUUCCUCAUCGAUGGGUCCCAAGCUGCUGUCCUGGAGUUCCAGCACAUCCGCACCCUCAUUGAGAGGCUGGUGGACUCCCUGGACGUGGGCUUUGAGACCACGCGGGUGGCGGUCAUCCAGUUCAGCGAGGACCCCAAGGUGGAGUUUCUGCUCAAUGCCCACUCCAGCAAGGAUGAGGUGCAGAAUGCCCUGCGGCAGCUGCGGCCCAAGGGCGGCCGACAGGUCAACGUGGGGAGCGCCCUGGAGUAUGUGUCCAGGAACAUCUUCAAGAGGCCGCUGGGCAGCCGCAUAGAAGAGGGCGUCCCACAGUUCCUGGUGCUCAUCUCAUCCGGGAAGUCGGCCGACGAGGUGGACGACUCGGCUGUGGAGCUGAAGCAGUUCGGCGUGGCCCCGUUCACCAUCGGCAGGAAUGCAGACCAGGAGGAGCUGGUGAAGAUCUCCCUGAGCCCCGAGUAUGUGUUCUCAGUCAGCACCUUCAGGGAGCUGCCCAGCCUGGAGCAGAAGCUGCUGACACCCAUCACCACCCUCACUGCCCAGCAGAUCCAGCAGAUCCUGGCGAGCACCCACUACCCUCCACCAGAGAGUGAUGCAGCGGACAUCGUCUUCCUCAUCGACAGCUCUGAUGGCGUCAGAAGUGAUGGCCUUGCGCACAUCCGAGACUUUGUGAGCAGGAUUGUUCAAAGACUCAACAUCGGGCCCAACAAAGUGAGAAUCGGCCUUGUGCAGUUCAGCAAUGAGGUCUUCCCCGAGUUUUUCCUGAAGACACACAGGUCCCAAGCUGCCGUGCUAGGAGCCAUACGGCGCCUGAGGUUCCGGGGUGGCGCUCCGCUGAACACCGGCAGAGCUCUGGAGUAUGUGGCCAAAAACCUCUUUGUUAAGUCUGCUGGGAGCCGGAUAGAAGACGGGGUGCCCCAACACCUGGUCCUGCUUCUGGGCGGAAAAUCCCAGGACGAUAUUUCUGGCUUCGCCCGGAUCAUCAGUUCCUCGGGGAUCGUGAGUUUAGGAAUUGGAAGCCGGAAUGUGGACAGAACAGAGCUGCAGGCCAUUGCCAAUGACCCCAGGCUGGUCUUCACGGUGCGAGAGUUCAGAGAGCUCCCCAGCAUAGAGGAGAGGGUCAUAGGCUCGUUUGGAUCCUCGGGGGCCACCCCAGCAACCCCAGUAGUCACCUCUCCUCCCUCAAGGCCAGAGAAGAAGAAAGCGGACAUUGUGUUCCUGCUAGAUGGCUCCAUCAAUUUCAGGAGGGACAAUUUCCAAGAAGUGCUCCGCUUCGUGUCUGAAAUCGUGGACACGGUUUAUGAAGAUGGCGACUCCAUCCAGGUGGGGCUGGUCCAGUACAACUCUGACCCCACUGACGAAUUCUUCCUGAAGGACUUUUCCUCCAAGAGGCAGAUUAUCGACGCCAUCAACAAAGUGGUCUACAAAGGGGGGCGAAAUGCCAACACCAGAGUGGGCAUCCAGCACCUGCAGCUCCAUCACUUCGUGCCCGAGGCGGGCAGCCGCCUGGACCAGAGGGUCCCCCAGAUCGCCUUUGUGAUCACUGGAGGGAAGUCGGUGGAGGACGCUCAGGAUGCGAGCCUGGCACUUACCCAGAGAGGUGUCAAAGUGUUCGCGGUCGGGGUGAGGAACAUCGACUCCGAGGAGGUGGGGAAGAUGGCGUCCAACAGCGCCACGGCCUUCCGCGUGGGGAACGUCCAGGAGCUGUCGGAGUUGAGUGAGCAAGUUUUGGAGACUCUGCAUGAUGCAAUGCAUGAGAUCCUGUGUCCUGGUGUGACCGACCUGUCCAAAGCCUGCAAUCUGGACGUGAUCCUGGGGUUCGAUGGGUCCAGAGAUCAGAAUGUAUUUGUGGCCCAGAAGGGCUUUGAGUCCAAGGUGGAUGCCAUCCUGAGCAGAAUCAGCCAGAUGCAGAGGAUCAGCUGCGGCGGUGGCCAGCUGCCUACUGUGCGUGUGUCGGUGGUGGCCAAUGCACCCUCUGGCCCCGUGGAGGCCUUUGACUUUGAUGAGUACCAGCCGGAGCAGUUUGAAAAAUUCCGCAACAUGCGCAGCCAGCACCCCUAUGUCCUCACGGCUGACACGCUGAAAGUAUACCAGAAUAAGUUCAGGCAGUCCUCGCCGGACAGCGUGAAGGUGGUCAUUCAUUUUACUGAUGGCGUGGAUGGAGACCUGGCCGAUUUACACAGAGCCUCAGAGGAGCUCCGAGAGGAAGGUGUCCAUGCCCUGAUCCUGGUGGGCCUGGAACAGGUGGCCAACCUGGAGCAGCUGGCGCAUCUGGAGUUCGGGCGGGGCUUCAUGUACGACAGGCCUCUACGGCUCAACCUGCUGGACCUGGAUUAUGAGCUGGCCGAGCAGCUGGACAACAUUGCCGAGAAAGCCUGCUGUGGGGUUCCCUGCAAAUGCUCCGGAGAAAGGGGAGACCGUGGGCCCAUUGGCAGCAUCGGGCCAAAGGGCAUGGCGGGGGAAGACGGCUACCGAGGCUACCCUGGCGAUGAGGGCGGACCUGGCGAGCGAGGUCCGCCUGGUGUGAACGGCACUCAGGGCUUCCAGGGCUGCCCAGGCCAGAGAGGAGUGAAGGGCUCUCGAGGAUUCCCGGGAGAGAAGGGUGAACUCGGAGAAAUUGGGCUGGACGGUCUGGAUGGUGAGGAUGGAGACAAGGGGCUGCCCGGUUCUUCUGGAGAGAAGGGGAGCCCUGGGCGAAGGGGUGACAAAGGACCUAAAGGAGCCAAGGGGGAGAGAGGAGACGUCGGCAUCCGAGGUGACCCGGGUGACUCGGGACAGGACAGCCAGCAGAGGGGACCCAAAGGAGAGACGGGAGACAUCGGCCCCAUGGGUCUCCCGGGGAGAGAUGGCGUGGCCGGAAGUCCGGGGGAAACCGGGAAGGACGGCGGCUUUGGCCGAAGGGGACCCGCGGGAGCUAAGGGCAACAGAGGCGGUGCUGGCCAGGUGGGCUUCCCGGGAGAGCAGGGGACCAGAGGUGCACAGGGUCCCCCCGGCCCCAUCGGACCUCCGGGCCAGGUUGGGGAGCAAGGCAUCCCUGGACCCCGGGGAGCUGGAGGAACAGCUGGGGCUCCCGGAGAACGCGGCAGAACAGGGCCCUUCGGAAGGAAGGGUGAGCCUGGAGAGCCAGGACCCAAGGGAGGACUGGGGAACCGUGGCACUCUCGGGGAGACGGGAGAUGACGGGCGAGAUGGAGUAGGCAGCGAAGGUCACAGAGGCAAAAAAGGAGAAAGAGGAUUCCCGGGCUACCCAGGACCGAAGGGUAUGCCUGGUGAGCCUGGAAUGGACGGAGCACCGGGACCCAAAGGCGUCAGAGGGCGAAGGGGAAAUUCAGGACCUCCUGGGACAGGAGGACAGAAGGGAGACCCCGGCUUCCCUGGGCCAUCCGGUCACAAGGGCAUCCGCGGUGACUCCAUCGAUCAAUGUGCCCUUAUCCAAAGCAUCAAGGACAAAUGCCCUUGCUGCUAUGGGCCCCUGGAGUGCCCCGUCUUCCCCACGGAGCUGGCCUUCGCCCUGGACACGUCUGAGGGCGUCACCCAAGAUGCCUUUAGCCUCAUGCGAGACGUUGUCUUGAGCCUUGUGGGCGACUUGGCCAUUGCCGAGAGCAACUGCCCGAGGGGGGCCCGUGUGGCCGUGGUCACCUACAACAACGAGGUGACCACGGAGAUCCGGUUUUCGGACUCCAGGAAGAAGUCAGCCCUGCUGGACAGCAUUAAGAACCUUCAGGUGGCCCUGACUUCCAAGCAGCAGAGUCUGGAGACUGCCAUGUCCUUUGUGGCCAGAAACACGUUUAAGCGUGUGCGGAACGGGUUCCUGAUGAGGAAGGUGGCCGUUUUCUUCAGCAACAGGCCCACGAGGGCAACCCCACAGCUGCGCCAGGCGGUGCUCAAGCUGUGGGAUGCGGGCAUCACACCUCUGUUCCUCACCAGCCAGGAGGACCGGCAGCUCGUCAACGCCUUGCAGAUCAACAACACUGCCGUGGGCCACGUGCUUGUCCUGCCCACGAGAAGGGACCUCACGGACUUCCUGAAGAACGUCCUCACGUGCCACGUGUGCCUGGACAUCUGCAACAUCCAACCGUCCUGCGGGUUUGGCAGCUGGCGGCCUUCCUUCCGGGACAGGAGAGCCGCAGGCAGCGAUGCGGACCUGGACCUGGUGUUCCUCCUGGACAGCGAGGAGACAACCAGCCUGUUCCAGUUCAACGAGAUGAAGAAGUACAUUGGCUACGUGGUCAGGCAGCUGGAGCUGAGCCCCGACCCCGGGGCCUCCCAGCACUUGAGCAGGGUGGCUGUGGUGCAGCACGCACCCUACGAGUCCCUGGGCAACGCCAGCGCGCCGCCCGUGAGGGUGGGGCUGUCACUGACGGACUUCGGCUCCAAGGAGAGGCUGCUGGAGUUCUUGGGCCGUGGAGUGGUGCAGCUGCAGGGAGGCAGGGCCCUGGGCCGUGCCGUCGAAUACACCGUCCAGCACGUGUUCGAGAGCGCGCCCAACCCGCGGGACCUGAAGGUCCUGGUGCUGAUGCUGACCGGGGAGGUGCCGGAGCAGGAGCUGGAGGAGGCCCGCAGAGCCGUCCUGCAGGCCAAGUGCAGGGGCUACUUCUUUGUGGUCCUGGGCAUUGGCCGGAAGGUGAACGUCAAGGAGGUGUACGGCUUCGCCAGUGAACCCAACGACGUCUUCUUCAAACUCAUGGAUAAGUCGAGCGAGCUCAACGAGGAGCCGCUGAUGCGCUUCGGGAGGCUUUUGCCGUCCUUCGUUGGCAGUGAGAAUGCUUUUCACUUGUCCCCAGACGUAAAACAAUGUGAUUGGCUCCAAGGGGACCAACCAGCAAAGAAUGGUGUGAAGUUUGGUCACAAACAAGUAAACAUUCCGAAUAACAUUACUUCAAAUACUACAACCAAACCAGUGACAACAAAACCGGUGACCACCACCACAAAACCAGCAACUGUUGUAAAUCUGCCGCCUGCUAAGCCAGCUGCUGGGAACCCGGCUGCCGCAAAGCCUGUGGCUGCCCAGCCUGUGGGCACCAACACAGCCACAGGCAGACCUGGGGUGGUGGUGAAGCCAGUGGCCGCAGCAAAACCUGCAGCAGCAAAGCCAGCAGCUGUGAGACCCCCUCUCCCUCCUGCAAGGGUAGCAUCCACCAAGCCAGAGGCCGCCAGGACACCAGCCAAACCAGCUGCUGCCACCAAGCCAGAGGCUCUCAGGCCACAGGCCAAACCAGCAGCCCCCAGGCCAGCUGCUGCUAAUCCUGCAGUGAAGGUGGUGCCCGAAGUCCAGGUGUCCGAGGUCACAGAGAACAGCGCCAGACUCCGCUGGAAGAGGCCCGAGGCCCCUGGCUCUUACUUUUAUGACCUCACUGUCACCUCGGCCCAGGACCAGUCCCUGGUUCUCAGGCAGAACCUCACGGUCACGGAGCGUGUCAUCGGGGGCCUGCGGGCCGGACAGACAUACUACGCGGCGGUUGUCUGCUACCUGAGGUCGCAGGUCCAAGCCGUGUUCCGCGGAACCUUCAGCACAAAGAAAACUCAGCCUCCACCUCCAUCGCUAGCGAGGUCAGCUUCCAGUUCAAGCAUCAACCUAAUGGUGAAAACUGAGCCAUUGGCUUUUACCAAAACAGAUAUCUGUAAGCUGCCCAAAGACGACGGGACGUGCAGGGAAUUUAAGCUGAAGUGGUUCUACGACGCGAAGACAGAGAGCUGUGCGAGGUUCUGGUAUGGAGGCUGUGGUGGGAACGAAAACAGAUUUGACUCCCAGCAGGAAUGUGAAAAGGUUUGCGCUUCUGGCUCAUUGCUCCCCAAACCCGGAGUCGUCAAUGUGAUGGGAACCUAGGCGUGGCUGGCCCAACACAUACCUCUGGGAGAAGAAGGAGGCAGCCAUUUGCAACUCUUCAUCUUUGAAUCUGUAGAAGGUCCGGGGAGAUUCCCUGGCUCUGUGCCAUUUUGUGCUUCAAUUGACACCCGGACCCAGAGGAAGUCUUCUUCCGCACGACCUAUCAAUUUGGUGCUAAGCGUGUCUGUGGGCCCCUCGCUCUGUCUCCAGGCAGUUAUCCCGUAUACUUUGAGUGUUGUGGGAUAGUUAGCCACUCCGGUGUGGAUGUGAACACCCCCGUAAGCUCCAGGCUGUCUGGAGUUUCUAUUUUGCCUUUCCCGGGCAAUGCCCUGAUGUCCAGCUGCUCUGUAUACUUUCGCUUGGUUCAUCCCCCCUUAGUUAAGCACGACUUUAGAUGGAGAAACAAGAGUCUGCACUUUCAUUCCCCCACCCCAAUUUCCUGGAUGAGACGUUGGGCUAAUUUUCUUUUUCUAAAUCCUCUAACAAAGGAUCUAGUUAGGAGGAAGCAACAUCCCUCGACCUGUGUGCACUGUUGGGACCAAUGCCUUAAUUAAAGAAUUCAAAGAAAGCCGUAAGAGAGAA